UGUAAUUGUAUUGUUACAUCUAAACCUUUUAAUUAUUUUGUAGUUUUAUAAUCAGAAAGCACUCCUCAAACAAAACGGAACAGGGAGAAGAAGCCGCACUCUUCAGAGAAGCUGUCGCCACACACGUAACGAGGGACUGCACUGUGCUGCUAUUUAUAGCCUGCUGACAGGCGUGUUUGUUCUACUCGCGAUUUUCUGAAACCAAAAACGGAUAGAAGCAUUUUUAUAUGGUGAUCUUGCUGAAGGCUUUGUUCUUCAAACGUAUAUACUUCAGAGAAAAGAAAAAUCAAGAGUUUGUUAGGAGUAAAAUGUGUCGGAUGAUUCGCCUGGAAAGUGUCAUCCGAAGACCGUGCUUAUGCUUAAUAUUGUUCGUUUUUCACCUGUCUGUCGCAAAAUCCUCUAAUAUUUUACUUGGGACUGAAGGAAAGCCCAUCACCUUGUCUUCAAGUACAACUAAUAUCACAGAUAUUGAAAGUGUGACUUGGAAAAGAGAUGGAAACACAAUUGUGAUGUCUACCCAGAAGGCUCCAGCUCCUGAUUGGAGAGAGAGAGUACAGUUAAAUAGUAAUGACUGGUCUUUAACAAUCCACAAACUAAGGCUAGAGGACAGUGGAGAAUACAAGCAGGUGAUUACAACUUCAAGAAACCAGCUUCCUACUUACUGUGUCACACUUCAGGUAUAUGAAAAAAUUAAAGAAAUUGUGAUCAACAUAAACAUAAGUGAAGCAAGUGGUAACAACACUUGCAAUAUUACUCUGCUCUGCAUCUCCAACACCCGCAAUCAGGUCAGUUACAGCUGGAUCAAACCAGAAUCAUUUAAAGGUGACACCUCAAGGAGCCAAGAUGGAAAACUCAACUUGUCACUUAGCCGUGAAGAUGAAGACAUUGUCUUCACUUGCCAGGCUAGUAAUCCUGUGGAUAACAUCAACAAAAGUGUACAACCUUGGAAGGAAUGUCAGCGUCAGAAUAAAGGAGAUUUCUUUUCAGAUUAUGACUACAUGAAAUUGCUGCCGUAUGUUGCUCCCCCAUUUUUUGCUCUGAUAAUUCUGGUGGCAAUAAUGAUGUACUGCAGAAAACAUCAUAGGAAAGAAUUAGAUAAAGAAGAGAAAAUCAACCCAUAUACUGUUUACGCAGAAAUUGAAGCACCCAGCAUAGGAACAAGUGAGGGUAAAGAAAACAGUAAAAACAUUCCUAUGACUGUUUAUGACACAAUAGAUAUUCCAAAGAAACCAACAAAUGUUCAGACUCCAUCCGUUUAUGACACCGUGAAAAACCGUCAAGUUCAAGAAUCCUCACAGUAUCAAGUUAUCCUCUAAAUGUGAAGAUGUCUGGCGUGACAUUUUGAUUGUACUUUUCUUCAAAUUGUAAAAAGGCUCACAAUGUAAAUUUACUUUAUCAGUACUGUAUUUGACUUAAUGAAUAAAACCACAAAGCCAUUGCAUUAACCCAAAGCUGCUCUGUAUUUUAAAAUCAUCAGGAUCUUUAUGAGCUGCUUUGCAGCAACCCAAAAGAAUAAGGCAGUCAACUGUUCAUCAAGAAGAACCUGGCCAUGCUGAGCACAUGCAAAGAACAAAUAUUUGUUCAUUUAUAUUUCUUGUCAUGUAGCUUUUUUGUUUGUGUUACCUGCCUUGCAAAUGCCUCAACUUAUUGGGUCAAACAUUUUCUUAUAUUGGUACUCUAUAUAGAGAUUCUCAGGGCCUGCAUAAACCUUUGUAAGAGAAAAACGUGUAACACGGAUAUACGUUAAAUCCACAUCAUGAAUUUAGAAUGAUGGUUUAUUCCAGCAGUCAUUUUCAGUCCAGGAGUGUCAUGGUGACUACUAGUUUUAACCGCUUUCAGUUUCCUAACAGUUAUUUUAUGGAAUUUACUUCUUAUAGGUUUAAUUAGAAUGUUCAUUUACUUAUUUAAACACGUUUUUGAUUAGAAAAAUACUUCAUGUCAAUUCUAGUCCAUCAUGCUAAAAUUGUUUUCUUUAUUACAAACAAUCCCUGGAUUAGAGUCUAAUUCCUAAUUUACAUUGAACUCUUUGCUUUAAUCAGACUGCUUGUUGGCAUGUAUUUAGACUCAAUACAGAAUCAUGGUGAUAAUAAUGAUUCAGCUUUAUUGUCAUUGUACAGUCAAUACAUUUUGGUAAUAUAAACUAUAAAAGAAACUUGAAAGUGUUACCAGCAGGAGGCACUACUAGUAUUUAAUUGGAUUGUACAACACAGGCUGGUAGAGGGCAAUGCAUAGCCCCUGCAGUGUGUAUUGUGGCUCCAGAGGACUAACAAUCUGGUUUUCACAGUAGUUGUAUUGGUGUUUGGGAAGUACAGGAACACCUGGGGCCACUAGGUGGUGUUAUUGCCAUGCCACUUUAUGGCUUUAUGAUUAUAUUCAUUACGGACCUGGUUUUAAAAGCUCCUUCAGGCCAACAGUGGGAUUAGAUUUUGAAUGUAGAAUGGACAAAGGCUCCAACUGGUUGGGGAGAGAAAUGCUUGAAAACUGAAUAGGGUGAUUGGGCUGCCAUACUAAUAUACUGAAUGUAAUAAUAACCCAGAAAUUAAGCCCAGAGAGAAUUUAGUGUUUUUUUUUUUUAUUUUGAUUCUGUUGUAUUUUUAUUACAUGUUUUACUCCCUAUGUUCCUCCCUCCCUCACUUUUAUUAAAAUAAACUAUUUUUGUUUA